ACACCUCCCGGGCGGCAUGGAGGAGCCCGGGGUAUAUAAGGACCCGGGUGGUCGCUGCCCCAUCACCCCCUUCAGCUGUAACCAGCGGCGGUUAGACUCCCUCACUGACAGCCGGAGACCAGCAGAGAACCCGCAGACAUGUGUGACGACGAUGAGACCACCGCCCUCGUGUGCGACAAUGGCUCCGGCCUGGUGAAGGCGGGCUUUGCCGGAGACGACGCCCCCAGGGCCGUGUUCCCCUCCAUCGUUGGCCGCCCUCGUCACCAGGGCGUGAUGGUCGGCAUGGGUCAGAAGGACUCCUACGUGGGCGACGAGGCCCAGAGCAAGAGGGGCAUCCUGACCCUGAAGUACCCCAUCGAGCACGGCAUCAUCACCAACUGGGACGACAUGGAGAAGAUCUGGCACCAUACCUUCUACAACGAGCUGCGCGUGGCCCCUGAGGAACACCCCACCCUGCUGACGGAGGCCCCCCUCAACCCCAAAGCCAACAGGGAGAAGAUGACCCAGAUCAUGUUUGAGACCUUCAACGUCCCCGCCAUGUACGUGGCCAUCCAGGCCGUGCUGUCCCUGUACGCCUCCGGUCGUACCACCGGUAUCGUGCUGGACUCCGGCGAUGGUGUGACCCACAACGUGCCGAUCUAUGAGGGCUACGCUCUGCCUCACGCCAUCAUGCGUCUGGAUCUGGCCGGCCGCGACUUGACCGACUACCUCAUGAAGAUCCUGACUGAGCGCGGCUACUCCUUCGUCACAACCGCUGAGCGUGAGAUCGUGCGUGACAUCAAGGAGAAGCUCUGCUACGUGGCUCUGGACUUUGAGAACGAGAUGGCCACGGCCGCCUCCUCCUCCUCCCUGGAGAAGAGCUACGAGCUGCCCGACGGUCAAGUCAUCACCAUCGGCAACGAACGUUUCCGCUGCCCCGAGACCCUGUUCCAGCCCUCCUUCAUCGGUAUGGAGUCGGCUGGUAUCCAUGAAACCGCCUACAACAGCAUCAUGAAGUGUGACAUCGACAUCCGGAAGGACCUGUACGCCAACAACGUGCUGUCCGGCGGCACCACCAUGUACCCGGGUAUCGCUGACCGCAUGCAGAAGGAGAUCACGGCUCUGGCUCCCAGCACAAUGAAGAUCAAGAUCAUCGCCCCUCCUGAGCGUAAAUACUCCGUCUGGAUCGGCGGCUCCAUCCUGGCCUCCCUCUCCACCUUCCAGCAGAUGUGGAUCAGUAAGCAGGAGUACGACGAGGCCGGCCCCAGCAUCGUGCACCGCAAGUGCUUCUAAACCCAACCAGCUGCCCCCCUUCAGCAGGAUCCGCAGCAACGAAGACGUCCCAGGACUCUGAAACGACCAUCAGAGACCGUGGAGCGGCGUCUGACCUGUACAUAUUAUUUAUUCUUUCUGUUAUGUAUGUGAUGUGUUUGUGAAUGUGAAUGAUGUCCGGUGUGUAUGUGAAAGCUUCGAGGUACGACACACUCCGACUCGGACCAACUGAGAUAAAGGAGAAAAAAAAAAAACACAGAAAAGACCAAAAAGAAACUA